AUGCCUAUAUACAUGGUUUGUAUGAUAAUUUUGUAUUCCAUCGAAAAUAUAUCAUCAACAACUUUGGAUUUAAAUGAUCCAUCUCGGUCCAAGUUCAGAGUAAUACAAUAUACCAAAGAGAAUGUAAUUACAACAAUUAUUUACCCUAAGAAAAAUGAAUCAAUAACUCAAGUGAAUGACGGUCAAUUUUUAUUAUUUACGCCAUGGUAUUUUGAAAAGAUCGUUUCUGUUAAAAUUAUUAGAUUCAAAUUUUCCGAAGAAGCUCUUGUACUUGUUAAUCUCGAAAAUGCUGUAACUUCCCCUGAAAAAUACUUCUCUAAGGGUCAAGGUCCAUUUGUUCCCAUUGAUAUAGAAAAUUUUGAGCUUAAAUUAGAAUGUUUAAGUAAUAAACCUAAAUAUGACCCAUCUAAAAUUGUAAUACCAGGUAAAGGUCCCAAUGCACAAACUAGUUUUAAACAAAAAAUAAAGAAAAAACUAAGGUCUAAAUUAUUGAAAGAACAACGAAUAGCAUCUCAUGAUAUAAUUAAUCCACCAGCAGAACCACCAUCUGAAAUAUUUUCCGAAAUAUUGAGUGAUUCUGAGACAGAUCCUGAAUCCGGGACUAAAUCCGAUGAACCUACUCAAACUACACAACUUACUAAUGAACCUACAGAGUUAGAACCAGAAACUAUUCCAGUGGAACUAGAAUCAGAUGAUGAAGACCACGAAAGUGAAAUUUCAGAUAUUGAUCCGUUAAUUUCAUCAGAUGAAGAAAUUGAAACAGAAAAAGUUGAUAAACGUAAACUAAAAGGAGAUAGACAAAGAAAAGAUAAACAAGAAAGUGAACAACAUGAUAAAAAUGUUGAUAUAGUUGCACAAGCAUUAGCUGAGGAGGGAAUUGAUCUAGAGAAGGAAAUUGUUGGCAGAGAAGUCGAUAAAAUUAUCGAGAAAUAUAAAAUAACUAAAGAAACACAAACAGACAUUCCAACUGGUUCUAUUGAAACUCAAACAGACAUUCAACAAUUAGAAAAUAUAGAUACACAAACAGACAUUCAAGAAGUAGAAGAUAUAGAAACUCAAACAGACUUACCAACUGGUUCUAUUGAAAUUCAAACAGACAUUCAAGAAGUAGAAAAUAUUGAUACUCAAACAGAUAUUCCAACUGGUUCUAUUGAAACUCAAACAGACAUUCAAGAAGUAGAAGAUAUAGAUAUUCAAACAGACAUUCAAGAAGUAGAAGAUAUUGGUAUUCAAACAAUUGGGAAUUUUUCUGAUAUAACAGAAGUAACCAAGAAACAUGAAAAACCAGAAGUACCUAAACGUAGACCAGGUAGACCAAGAAAACAUAAACCUGAACCUGAACAACCUAAACGUAAACGAGGUAGACCAAGAAAACAUAAACCUGAACCUGAACAACCUAAACGUAAACGAGGUAGACCAAGAAAACAAAAACCUGAACCUGAAUCAGAUCACUCUGAAGAAUCCACUCAACCUCAUCCUCAAGAACAAGAAACUGAAGAUUCAAUAAAGGCAUUAGGACCUUCACCUGAAAAAAGACCUUUUUCAUUUGAUAUUUAUUGUGAAGAUCGAGAUGCUGAAGAUGAAUUAAGGAGAAGAGCGAAGCGUUUUAGGAGUGAACCUCUAGAAUCACAUGAACAAGAGGAUACAACUGAUGCAGGAGUGAGUUCAGGUGCAGGGGCUCCACCACCACCCGGAGAUGGUUCUGAACCAUCGGAUGGACCAGGAGAUUGUCCUCCUCCAGAGCAGGAUCAGGACGAUACAGUUUUAGUGCAACUGAAUAAAGAAAGAAUAUUAUACCUAGAGGACCCAGGAAGUAAUAAAGGUGUAAAUUAUGAGCAUGAAAUCAAUGAUGGAAUACCAACUUUAAUUAUAAGGGCUAAGCCUCAUAAAACUAUCACACAUAUUUUUGAAAAUGGUUUAAUAAUUUGUGAAGCUGAGAAGGGAAGCAAACUUUUAAGUUUAUCAGCCUUUUCUUACUAUAAUGAAUUCAUUCUUGUUGAAAUCAUAUUUAAAACUCCAAUGGCUAGCUAUAAUAGGUAUUUCAGAAAACAUGGAGGAGAUUGGAAAGAAGUUAAUAUUAAGGACUUUGAAGUUUAUUAUCAGGAUCUUAGAGGUAAUGUUAUAAUGAUUGAGGAAAUGAUGGUUGAUAUAAGCUUACCGAUCGAUCCUUCAAAAAUCUUCUCCAAAACUAGCGAAAAAAAUGGUAUAAUAACGACAAUUCUCAUGCCUCUCCCUGGAUUUUUUAUAAAACAAGUUACUAAUGGCGCAAAUAUUGUUUGGAGUUCAAAUUUUAGACGUUGUCUUGCCAUCACUAUGACGUCUAGAAAUGGUGAUAUGCCCAGACUAUUAAUGCUUGAAAUUUCGGGUCCAAAUGACGGUGUUACUGAGGAAUUGCACUUCCAUAGAAUUGGCGAUAAAUUUUCAUUAAUUAGCUCAAAAUUGUACGACACUGUUGUAUACGAAGAGUCUCCCGAUUAUGAUUUUGAAUCUACAACAAAAUCACCACAACUAAUAGAAACAGAUCAUUCAUCCAUUUUUAUCUCAUCAAAAGAUUCAAUUUCAAGCGAAUCAACCAAUGAACAAACUCCUAUUGAGAAAUUCACAUUACAACCAGAAACUAUUCAUCUUGAAAUUUCAUCAGAUGAAGAGGAACCAAUUGAUCUAAGUAUUAAACACAAAUCUAAAGCUCCAGAAUCAGUUGCAGAACCGACUGAACCAGAAACUAUUACACUGGAUUUGUUAUCAAGUCAUGAUGAAGAACAUGAAGAUAGUGAAUCUAAAACUCCUAAAUCAGUUUUCGAACAGACAGAGCCAGAAACUAUUACACUGGAUUUGUUAUCAAGUGACGAUGAGGAACCAAUUGAUCUGAGUAUUAAACACAAAUCUAAAGCUUCAGAAUCACAUGUGGAACAUACAAAACCAGAAACUAUUACAGUGGAAAUUUCAUCAGAUGAAGAACCUACUCAACAAACAGAAACACCAACACAAGAGUUAGAACCAGAAACUAUUACAGUGGAACUUUCAUCAGAUGAAGAAGUACUUGAUGGUUGGACUACUGAUGGUGAUACUGAUUACGAUUAUUCUGUUGUUCAACGAGAUGAUUUUAUUUUAGUACCUUUGCAAGUAAUAAAUAAUGAGAAUUGUAUAGAAGGAAUACAUAAAGGUGUUCCUUAUAGAACUUACACUCCACCUAAAGGUAUAUUGUUUGAUAGGAUUUUGUCAGGUAAUCAAACGGCCUGGAAGGCGCUUGAAGGUUGCGGAACUGACUAUGUAAGAUUAUUUUUUGUUCUAGGAAUUCCAAGAUUCGGCUUUUUUAGGUUAAUAAACCUACUAGAUAAUGAUACUAGAAAAAUAUUUAUUAUACAAUCCCAAGGGGAAUUAUGGAACAUAGUUCAUGAAGUUCACUUCCUUGAAGCAUUUUAUGAUCUCAUAGAACCACUACCAUCCAGUUCUAGCUCUCAGGAAUCCUCUGAACCUUCAUCAGACACAUAA